UCUCUCUCUCUCUCUCUCUCUCUCCAAACCCUCUUUCUCAUUCUCUGUCUCACAAAACCCCUCGUCCUCUUCCUCUCGCCGCAUCCAUGGCGGGUAUAGCCCCCGCCUACGCCGAGAACGGACUCGCCGCAGUGUCGGCGCUGCCCUCCGCCGCCGCCGGGGAUGGAAGCGAAGCGGCGGCGGAGCAAUUGGUGGGCGCCGCCGCGGCCGGAUCGGCGGAGGAGGCGGCGGCGCAGGGAGCGGAGAUCAAGAAGUGGCCUGGGUGGCCCGGCGACAACGUUUUCCGGCUGAUCGUGCCGGUGCUCAUGGUGGGGAGCAUCAUCGGGCGCAAGGGCGAGCUCAUCAAGAAGCUCUGCGAGGAGACUAGGGCUCGCAUUCGGAUCCUCGACGGCCCCGUCGGUACCACGGAGCGCAUCGUUUUGAUACAUGGAAGAGAAGAACCAGAGGAGGAGAUAUCUCCCGCAAUGGAUGCUGUAGUAAGAGUAUUUAAACGUCUCAAUGGGAUAUCGGAUGCUGGGGCUGAUGGCAAAACCCCAGCAUCUUCUGGGCCGCCUGUAUGCUCAGUCCGUCUGUUGGUUGCGUCUUCUCAAGCCGUUAGUUUGAUUGGGAAACAAGGUGCCUCAAUUAAGUCAAUUCAGGAGAGUUCUGGUGCUACUAUACGAAUAAUAACGCCAGAUGAGAGGCCAUUCUACGCAACCGAAGAUGAAAGAAUUGUUGAUAUACAGGGGGAAUCUCUGAAAGUCCUCAAAGCACUCGAAUCAGUAAUUAGUCAUCUCAGGAAGUUCUUGGUUGAUCAUGGUGUUCUUCCUUUGUUCGACAAGGCUUCUAAGGUAACAACGGCCACUCAAGAUGUUGCUACGGACAGUUGGAAUGAGAAAACACAGCCAGUGGAUCAUUCAUCGCAGCAAGCUGUGAUGAAUAAUGAAUAUUCUCUUCCAGCGAGGCGAGAUUCUCUGUUUCUUGACCGUGAGCCUCAGCUAGAUUCACAGAUGUCACGCAGUAGCUUAUCAUUAUAUGGACGAGAUCCUGCUGCACUCUCUGGGCUACGUUCGUCAAGUCUAGGGCGCACUGCUGGUCCUGUAAUUACUCAGAUAACACAGACGAUGCAAGUUCCGCUGUCCUAUGCGGAAGACAUUAUAGGAGUUGCAGGAGGGAACAUAAGAUACAUACGAGCGACUAGUGGGGCUCUUCUUACUGUUGAAGAGACUAGAGGAGUUCCUGAUGAGAUAACUAUUGAAAUCAAGGGGACUGCUUCACAGGUUCAAACUGCUCAACAACUCAUUGAGGAAUUCAUGGCGGGACACAGAGAUCCAUUAAGAAGCUCUUAUGGGGGCCUUGACACUAGCUACAGAUCGAGUUAUUCUCAGAUUUCUAGUGCAGCUUAUCCAUCGUCUUCUCUUGCAUCCCAUUCGCUUGGCGGAUAUGGUUCUUCUGCUUAUGGUGGGUACAGUAGUGCCAGUAGUUACAGGUUUUAAGUCACUCGUGUGCCGGUAAAUCACUGAACCUUUCCAACUUUAACCGUCUUGAAUGUUUGCUAGAAGGCCGAAAAGGCGCAUUUACGAAGUGGCUUAUUGCAGCACUCUUCUAAGUGUAACAGAUUAUUAUUCUCUCGUUAUGUAAUCACUUUGCCCGUUUGGUUUUCCUGUUCCGGUUGUACUUGCUGUAAGCUGUCCGGUUUUCCUGUUCCGGUUGUACUUGCUGUAAGCUGUCCACUUCUAGCUGUGUUUUAAGUAUGUUCCAUUUGGUUUUGUUAUUAUUUAAAUUGAAUCAGCAAGAAGGGAAAUCUGAAAAUGCUAGUUGAUAAUUGGACUUUUUAA